AUGCCUUCCACUCAUUUCCUCACUUUCUUCUUCUUCUUUCUCCUCUCUUCCAACACCAUCACUUCUGAUUUUGUUCGUCCUAUAGACCGCAAAUUGUUUGACCUACACAAGAAAGAAAAGCUAAGUCAUUUCAAAUUCUAUUGGCAUGACAUAGUAGGUGGAAAAACCCCAUCUUCAAUCAUGGUUGUUCCACCACCUUUGAAACUAAACACAACCACUGGUUUUGGCUUAGUUCGCAUGAUUGAUAAUCCUUUGACUUUAGGACCACAGUUGAGUUCCAAACUUGUUGGAAAGUCUCAAGGCUUCUAUGCUUCUGCAUGUCAAGAUGAGGUUGGUUUGCUUAUGGUUAUGAAUUUCGGUUUCGUCGAAGGAAAGUAUAAUGGGAGUAGUAUAUCUAUCUUGGGGAGGAAUGCUGUUUAUGAUAAGGUUAGAGAGAUGGCUGUUGUUGGUGGGAGUGGACUCUUCAGAUUUGCUAGAGGCUAUGCUCAAGCUACUACUUACUCGUUUGAUCUUAAAUCUGGAGAUGCUGUUGUUGAGUACAAUGUUUAUGUUUUUCACUAUUGA